UCAGUUGAUGCCAGACGGGUUGGGCAUGGGGGGCAUGGGCAACCUGCCGGGCGCCAACCCUCUCUCUGCCUCGGGGGUGAGGAAGACGUGGCACGAGCACGUCACUCAGGACCUACGCACCCACCUGGUGCACAAACUAGUACAAGCCAUAUUCCCCACCCCAGACCCCGCAGCACUGAAGGAUCGGCGGAUGGAGAACCUGGUGGCGUACGCUAGGAAGGUGGAAGGGGACAUGUACCAGUCUGCCAACAGCAGGGACGAGUAUUACCACUUCCUGGCGGAGAAGAUCUAUAAGAUCCAGAAGGAGUUGGAGGAGAAGAGGCGCUCGCGGCUCCAGAAGCAGCCUGGCCCCAUGGCAGUGGGGGGCCCAGGGGCCCAGCAGCAGCCUGGCAUGCCCCCUCAGCCGAACUCCAUGGGUCCUGGCCAGUCCCCACGGCCAGCCAAUGGAUCUAUGCCCAACGUGCCAAAUCAGAUCAUGCCCCGCAUGCAGGUGCCUCAAGGAAUCAAUCAGUUCAACCCCAUGGCGAUGCAGAACGUGCAGAUGUCCCAGGCGCCCAUGCAGAUGUCCCAGGCGCCCAUGCAGAUGUCCCAGGCGCCCAUGCAGAUGUCCCAGGCGCCCAUGGGGGCCCGCGCCGCCUCGCCCAUGAACCACUCGCAGCAGAUGAACAUGAGCUCUGUCCCAGCGAUGGGCAUGUCCCCAUCCAGGAUGCCCCAGGUGCAAGGCAUGAUGGGACAGCACGCCAACAGCAUGGUGGGACAGACAGCCAAUCAGAGCCAGUUCAUGCCCCAGAGCCAGUUCUCUCCCAACACCGCCCCUGGCGGGGGAAUGAUUAUGAACAACCUGGGCUCCCUCGGCCAGCCGCAAGCACAGGCAGCUGUCACUCAGCCCCCCCUGCCCCGCGCCACCCCUCCACCCAACGCCUCGGCUAACCUGCAGCAGCUCCAGCACCCCCACUCCCACCCACCCCCCCAGGCUCAGCCAUCACCGUCCUCCACCCCCACUCACAUCCCCAGCGGCGGCCUCCCUGCCCGGCCCCCCUCGACCCUGGGCAUGCAGUCCCCUGCUGCCCCCUCCCAGCCGCUCACGCCCCUGCAGCAUCAGCAGCCGGGGACCCCCAGCCAGACGCAGCCCAGCUCAGUGCAGCCCCCCAGCACGCCGCUGUCCCAGGCGCCAGCCAGUAUAGAUAACCGCAUGCCCACCCCAGGCUCGGUGGCAGAGGUCCACUCCCAACAGGCCCCACCAGACAUGGCCCAAACGGAGCACAAAGCCGAGCACAAAGACGAGGAUGACGAGGAGGAGGAGGAGGAGGAGGACGACGAGGAGGACGACUGUGGCUCGGGGAAAAAGCAGCCCAGCGACUUCAAAAUGGAGCAGGACGAAGACACAAAAGACACCAAACCCCUCAUGGUCAAGGAGGAGGAGCCAGACGGGGCGGAGCCUAAGCAGGAGACAAAGGAGGAGAAGAAGCCGGAGAUUAAGAAGGAACCCAAAGAGGAGGAGGAGGGCGGGGUCAACGGCACGGCAGCGUCCUCCUCCCCCACUCAGAACCGCAAAAAAAUCUUUAAGCCAGAGGAGCUGCGCCAGGCCCUGAUGCCCACACUAGAGGCCCUCUACAGACAGGACCCAGAGUCUCUGCCCUUCAGACAGCCUGUCGACCCCAUGCUGCUGGGCAUCCCCGACUACUUUGACAUAGUGAAGAAACCUAUGGACCUGUCCACUAUAAAGCGUAAGUUGGACACAGGUCAGUACCAGGAACCCUGGCAGUACGUGGAAGACAUCUGGGUCAUGUUCAACAACGCCUGGAUCUACAACCGCAAGACGUCCCGCGUCUACAAGUACUGCUCCAAGCUGGCCGAGGUGUUUGAGCUGGAGAUAGACCCCGUCAUGGUCAGCCUGGGCUACUGCUGCGGCAGGAAGGUGAGAUGAUGGGAGGGAAGGAGGAUAGAUCGAGGGAUGUUAGUGGAGGAAAGAGAAGGAGUAGAGCGGGAGGUUAGUGGUGUUUGAGCUGGAGAUAGACCCUGUCAUGGUCAGCCUGGGCUACUGCUGCGGCAGGAAGGUGAGACUGAGUGAGUGGAGGAAGAGUAAUGGAGGGAAGGUGGAAGGGAGACUACAAGUUUUUUGAUCUGGAGAAACUCUCAGCUCUAACUGUAGGUUAUCGUUAGGGCCAGGAGAAACUCUCAGCUCUAAUUGUAGGUUAUCGUUAGGACCAGGAGAAACUCUCAGCUCUAACUGUAGGUUAUCGUGAGGGCCAGGAGAAACUCUCAGCUCUAACUGUAGGUUAUUGUUAGGACCAGGAGAAACUCUCAGCUCUAACUGUAGGUUAUCGUGAGGGCCAGGAGAAACUCUCAGCUCUAACUGUAGGUUAUCGUGAGGGCCAGGAGAAACUCUCAGCUCUAACUGUAGGUUAUCGUGAGGGCCAGGAGAAACUCUCAGCUCUAACUGUAGGUUAUCGUGAGGGCCAGGAGAAACUCUCAGCUCUAACUGUAGGUUAUCGUUAGGACCAGGAGAAACUCUCAGCUCUAACUGUAGGUUAUUGUGAGGGCCAGGAGAAACUCUCAGCUCUAACUGUAGAUUAUCGUGAGGGCCAGGAGAAACUCUCAGCUCUAACUGUAGUUUAUCGUGAGGGCCAGGAGAAACUCUCAGCUCUAACUGUAGAUUAUCGUCAGGGCCAGGAGAAACUCUCAGCUCUAAUUGUAGGUUACCACUAGGACCAGGAGAAACUCUCAGCUCUAACUGUAGGUUAUCG